AUGGGCCCUCAGAUCAAGAUGUUCACUGGGCCUUUGUCUGCCUGUAUUCGGCCAACAUGUCUGUCAUCGGGAUCCUUAGCGACCUUCUCAUUGGCACGAUGCUUCUCCAACACAUCUCGCACACAAGAUUGGCUUACUCCUAAGUUUGCUGAGAGAUCAAAGUCGCCUAAGGGUCGCCCCCAUGUCGCCACUGGAGGAUCAACACGAGGAACAACAGUUGUGUGGGGAGACUACGGUAUUCGCAUGAAGGACCACGAUCGCCGAAUGCCCGCUUCAGCCCUCAAAAUUGCUGAGGAGACCAUUAAGCGUCGAUUGAGAGGAAUGAAUUACAAGCUUUACAAGCGCGUGGCUGCCAACAUCGGUGUCUACACCAAGGGUAAUGAGCAGCGUAUGGGUAAGGGCAAGGGUAAAUUCGACUACUGGACUGUUCGUUUGCCCGUCAGCCGUAUUGUAUUCGAGUUGAAGGGAGAUGUUCACGAGAAAGUUGCCCGGGAGGCAUUCCGUCUGGCUGGUCACAAGUUGCCUGGUCUCUGGGAAUUUGUUAAGAAAGACGAUCCUCCAGUUGUCGGAAUCACCAAGCUUGGUAACGGUGUGACUCUCGAGUCCCUCAAGCGGGCUCGCAGAAGCCCUCCACUCGGAACCAACGAAACCCAAAACCCGCCUCAAAGUGCUUCCUCCAGCUCUUCUCCUCCCGCGCAAUAA